CAGAGUCAUCUCAACUUAUAUUUCCUAAACAAAGUGCAAUGUGGAAACAAGUCAAGUGGAACCAUAGUCAGCAGAGAGUGUUGGUGUCUCUGGUGCAUCUUUUGGACUUUGCUUAUUUUUCCGUUUAAAUUCUUAAGAUGAAAGGGAGUCAAGUUGGGUUAUAUCUUUAUUCAAUGUAGAUUUUCUCCUUAACUACUUGGAGUUGAGUCCAAUAAUUUGGCGCAAUGAUGCAAACCAUUCUAAGACACAAUUAUAGAAUUAAAACUCAAUUUGAAGAUAAAUGGAAUUAUUCCCUUCUUCCGCUUCCUGGAUGAAUCAUUGUGGCACUCUGAUAGCGUCAGGAUUAAACUUUGCAUGAGCGGGGGAAAAUCACUCACACCUAUCUUAGACUGAAUAUCACAUUUUGCGUACUCGAAAUUAGCCCCACCUGGCGCGGUUUAGGGAGCCCCCGACAGUGCGGGAGAUGGUGUUGGCUCUUCAGGGCCAUGUGAUGCUUGCUGGUUGCCUACUGUCAGGCGUGCAGGGAAUUGGCCCCUCCUUAAACGUCCCAAUUUUCCUCCAGCUCUUCCGCGUUCCCUUGCCCACAGUUCCCACGGUGGCUCUGCCGCGACAGGCAUCGGCCCCGGCGGCCCUGAAGCUCGCCCUGCGGUACUUGGAGGAGCACGGCGCCAUCGAGCUGCAUCUGUGCGGCCGCCGGCACUGCAGCAGCCUGUUGCUGUGGGGGACGACUCGGGAGGGGGCGCUGCGCUACGACACGGGCACGCGGUGCAACCUGUAUGGCAGGGUCUGCGACCAAGUCAAGUACUACGGCAUAUGGGCCCGCGACUUCACCCCCGGCGAGGUGGAGCUGGUCGUCGAGCACCAGCGCGGCCAGCUCGCCGUGUGGCGGAGGGAGCGGCCGGACAGGCCGGCGGUGGUCCCCGUGGAGGCGGACUACGACACGCUGCGCGUCAGGCCGUGGUUCUGGAGCACCGACAUGCCCGUGCAGUUCUCUCGGACGUUCCCGCGGCUCUCCAAGGACCUCUCACCAUGAACAAAACCACCUUCUUCUGUCGCCCAACUUAUGCAUUGGAGACGAGAAACUAUAUGAGUAUGCUGGUUCAUUCAGAAUUAUUUCACAAAAAAAAUGUACAAAAUAUUGUCUCAGUUGUUGAGUUAGUUUAAAAACCAAAAGGCAACCUUCUACAUCCAUUGUUUUGAUGUCCUUCAUCUCUCAUGGUUGACAUUGAACUUAACAGUCGCAUGGCACAAAAGUUACCUCCGUACACAGACGGGAAAAAAAUAAAAUGAAAAAAUUGCGAUGUCAUGCGGGACCACAAUGUGCAUUCAAACCGCUAACUGUGGACUUUCUCCCGAAAAGUUUCGAAAGCUUGAUUUCAAAUAGUUGAGCAUCCAUGAAUAACCGAAACAUGAUGAUUCGAAAUUCAUCCGUAGUUCCCAAACAGGCAAUCUCGUGGGUCGUGGAGAAGUCAA